GAGAAGACUACCGAAACCAAUGAUGAGAAUGAAGGUUCUGAAGAGGAAAUUCACUGUUGGUACUACUAUGCUAAAUGGUUUGAAAAAAGUGUUAAGAAUAUUAAAGAUAAUGAUAAGAGGGUUAAAAAUCAACAGGCUAGGACUCAAGUAUAUAAUGCAAUUUUAAAACAUCUUUCAAACAUUACAAGAGAAAAUUUACGUAAGAAGAUACAGAAGGCAAGAAAUAUUUUCAAAUUGUUUAGUAAAAUAGGGAUUAAAAAAGUCAAAAGGGUUCAAUUCUAUAAUGCAAAUAAUAUUUCAAAGCUUACAGGUACUUAA